AUGAAUCCAAUGCUCAGUGCCAGGCGGGCGGCUUGCGCCUGCGCGGGAGUCCCGCUCAUAUUCAUUUGUUACCUGGUAUUUUCUCUAGUUCGGCUUAUCGUCUCUUUUUCAGCCAGAGUGACACGGGUUAAGGUAAAGAAGCUAAUUCCUGCCCCGUGCACCCUUCUAUCCCUCCUACCAAGCAUCAACUGCUCAGUGGUGGUCACGUGCGUGCUGGAUAAGCACGUGCCGCUGGACAAGGUGUGCGGCAAGUUUGAAAAGGUGGUGGAAGAACGGGAAAAUGAGAGACUUCGCUACUUUCCGAAAACCUGGAUGGGGUAUAGUUUCUGGGCGGACGAGGAAGACUUCGAUGUUACCCGGCACAUCUCAGAAAUCGGGGUGGACGAGGGGAAAAACAUUGUUUGGCAAGCACCCAUAGUGGUAACAUUGGAUGACCCAGAUCUCGAUAAAGUAGAGGAGCUAAUUCUCGCGGCAGAAUUCCCAAGGGGGCAGAGCCCCUGGAAAGUGUUCAUCCUUCGCGGUGUCGCCAAUAAGGACGUCUACUUCCUAAAAUUCCAUCACGUCUUGGCCGACGGAUUCAGCAUGAUGAAACUUCUCGCCGACAUUUGUGAUCCACCGAUCCGGGAACCAAUAUUUCUCCGCGAUCCAGCCGCGCCCUCGCGCCUUCCCGCGCUACUUAGCCCACUCAUCACAAUUCUUGCCUUAAUUAGUAUGGCGGAUUGGCUAACUUUUACGGAAGUUGAGGGCAAGUCGCUCCCCCUCCUGUGGGACACGGGGGAAGAGGAAAAAGGUGGGGAAACCUUGUCUCACGUUGUGUCCGCCCAGUCUUUGCCGAUCUCUGCGUUUAAAAAGGUGAGCCGACGGCUUGGCGUGAGUCACUUGGCGGUCUUCUUGCAAGCAGUGACCACGGCGGUGGGCAAGUUCUGGGGGUUGAGAUCGCAAACUCCGCUGGAAGGGAUUUCGUCCUCGAUAAUCUUGCCAGUGCCGGGACAUCCGGAUACACUUUGUAAUCAUUGGUUUGAACUUUUACCGAAAUUGAUCAGAAACUAUGGUGCUGUCAGGGUAAAAUUUCCUUAG